GACCUUUAUUUUGUUUAGUGUUCAGUAGGACCGGUCAUUUCUGCUAUUUCAUUUAAGGCUUGAACUGUGAGAGUGCAUGUAGUUUACCCUGCUUGUGAAAACACUUAUUGACAUGCCAAUGAGAUGAGCGCGGUGAAAGUUCUCAGUGCGACUUGUCUAAUUAGCCACAGAGAGCGCUUGUGUGUAGUGGAGCCGAAUUGGAAUGGGUAAACGUUGACUUUUUCAAGGCAUUGCUUCUGGGAAGAUGACGUCACACUGAGUACCCCCACUGAAUUGACGCUAAUGAACAUGUGAUGGCUGAUUAUCACCAAAGUGGAACCGCAUGGUGCUUAGAUAAAGACACCUCGGAUUACCUGGACUUGCUGACCCAUGCAGAGAUAUCCCUUUAUUGAUAUUCUUUUGCGUGCGUUCAUGUAUAAUUGCUGCUCUGAUGGUCCGUUUGUGUCCUUGGGAUUUCUUGAUGCCUUGUCGACCCGAGAGCACCUUUCCUCCCUUGUGAGCCGUGUCCCCGAUGGCGGCCUCGGUUCAGACACUUCCUCGUCCUGGUAAAAAAUUUCAAAGCCCGUCCUUUUCGCCCCGCCGCAACAUGGGAAGUGUAGGCAGUCUGGUGGAGAAGCCCGACGUGUCUCCUACUAAAGUCAACCAGGCCGUUCCCCAGGUGAGGCCCAAACCGUCCAACAGCCUCGUGAAGAAGGGCUUCACCCAGAGGGAGCUCCUCAACUACCUCAACAUCACCAGAAAAGAGCCCAAAGCAAACCAGAGCGGUGGCUCCAAGAAUGACAUCAUGGCCUCUAUCGGUGGACAUAAAAAAGAAAACCUGUAUGCCAAAGUCUUCAACAAAGAUGGCACAGAGAUUGAUUUGAGCAAGAACUCACUACCAAGUAGUGGAAAAUACGAAAAGCAGGCCCGCUUUAGGUCAUCUGCCUUCAAACCCGUCACUCCCAAAAACUUCAGUUCCAUGCAGAACCUGUAUCCAUCUUCCAAGUCAGAAGACGUAGACCACGGCAUAUCUAAUGGGCUGCACAGAGCCUACGCCCAUCUCUCCAAAACUCUCUCCAGCUCAUCUUCCUCAUCCUCGCCUUCUCGUCACGGAGGCUCCAGCGCCGGUAACGACAAGGUUCAUUCCUCCGCGCGAGGGGCGAGCCAGGAGGAUGACAAUCUGUCAGACUCGGGCCACAACUCCAUGAGUAGCCUGCCGCCGUAUCGGCCCCCCUUUCGCCCAAACCUGGCUCAAAUCAGUGCAUCUAUGGGCCACAUCAAUACUAUCGGCUCCCUGGACCGCAACUCGCUGGGCGCCAAAGCUGUUGGGUCGGGAGGUGGGACCAUGGGGGAAAUGGCGUGUCGCAGCAUGGCAACACUCAGCCGCCUGGUUCCGUACGGAGGAGAAGCACCACCUCCUUAUGACUGGACCCUCUCCAUGUCGGUAGAGGAAGUGGUGCGGGAUCUGGAGGAGCGGCUGGUGGAGAAAGAACACGAGCUGAAGCAGAUGAGAAGAAACCUGGACGAGAGCGAGGGCGCCAUCGCUCAGGUGUUUGAGGGCAAACAACGUCUGUGGGAGAAGGAAGUGGAGGAACUGAAGCGCCUCUACGCUGCAAAGCUGCGACAGGUUUCCCAGCAUGCCCAGCGAUCCCAGCGUGGUUUCCAGCUGCAGCUCUUCAAGGCCCAGCAAGAGAAAACCCAACUGCAAGAAGAGCUCGAGGCUCUGAAAAGAAGCCAGGAGGGCGAGGCCAAGGGCAAGCCAAGAAGUCCCACCCUGGAGGAGACACAGUGGGAGGUUUGCCAGAAGUCCGGAGAGAUCUCCUUGCUCAAGCAGCAGUUUCGAGACUCUCAAGCCGAGGUGACCCAGAAGCUAAGCGAGAUCUUCCAGUUGAAGACGCAGCUCAGAGAGACUCGGCUGGAGCUUCGCGACAGGGACAGCCAAGUAGAUGCGCUGAAGCUCAUCCUGCACAGCUCCCAGUGUCACAGAAGACCCUCUCGCGGCACCAGCGACCACGGAAAAGGAGACGAAAGUACAACAGGAGUGUGUGCGGGCCCGACCGAAGAGCGUCUGCGCGCCGAGCUACUAUUGGAGCGGCGCCAGAGUGAGGCCCAGGCCGCGGCUUUCGAGGAGGAGAGGCGGACAUGGCAGAAAGAGAAGGACAAGGUCAUCCGCUACCAGAAGGAGCUGCAGGCCAGCUAUUUAGAGAUGUACCACCGCAACGCAGAGCUGGAGAAGGAGGUGAACCAGCUUCGAGCCAUUCGAGAGCAGGGAGGAAGGAGCAGAGAUGGCACUUUGGAAAGGGAAGACCAAGAGCUGAAGAGCGACGCGGAAAAACAAGAGGACAGUCCAUCCCCGGGUUUGCCGUGGAUAGAUAGGAUCGAAUCCUCCGAAAUUUGAACAUAACACGGACGACAAGGCGGGCUGGGACCAAGAGUUAGAACUUUUAGUUUCAACCAUGAUUGUAAUUACCAAUCAAUAAACCCACACUGUACACUUUUUUUGGAUACCUGUGCACCUCCUGCACACAGUCUGGGAUUUUGUGAUUGAAACUAAUGCAUUAUCCACUGUUUAAUUGAGGAAAUUGUGUUUGAGUAGAGUAAGUUUGGCGGCAUUCUGGCCCAUAUAUGCUUUGGCAGAGGUAAAAUGCCGGCGUAAAAUAAAUAAAUGAAUGAAUGAAUAAAUAAAAUUGUGAAUAUUUCUGUUUUUAAAUCACAGCCUGUGUAUUUUGAUAAUCAUAAAGUAACCGUCCAAAACCAACAGAAGAAACAAGCACCUGCUACAUUGUACAGCAGAAGUCUUCCUAAAUGUGAAUCUGUAUAUAAGCACAUGAUUAUCAUGGGGAAUGUUGUUGUUAUUCUACUAUCGGUGUACAGCUUUGACAAUAACCAAAGGAUUCAGAAGGGACUGACUUCGGUCCGAGGAAGCUUUUCCGGAUUCAGGCAGAAAAGCUGCACGCGGAAGUUCGGUAUCAACAAGGACUAAUGUUUGGUACCAAGAUUUGAAACUAUUUUGUGAAAAGUGGCUCUACUUAUGAAAAUGACAUUGUUACAAAUAGAUGGUAAUUCCUCUUUCCUACCAGAUUUAUAUAGUUGGUCAAUUACUUGAAUAAUUGAAUGAUUACUUGGAAUAAUUGUUCAGCCCUAAAACACGACAUUGAUAUUUCUGUAUCUUUCUAAUGCAAUGACACUGCCCUGCUUUAAAAUGAUAUGUUGUAUUCUCCUUAGCAAAACUCCGCUGCAUGAUGAAGGUUCAUGUUUUUGUUUUUUUUACACAUAAAAGCAUUCAAAAGCCA